GAGAGAACCAGACAGGGACAGACAGAUAAGAGAACGACCGACGACCGCCGAGCAGACCUUCUAUUUUUGUGAUUUCAAUUUAUUUUACCUUCAAGCACCAUUAUGACGAUGCCUACUUCUGCGAGUACGCCGAGAGGGGCAGGUACCGCGAGAACGAAUGCCCCCAACCCUCUGUGGGAGCAGUCACCCCCGACCAGGAGGAAACGCUUCUCGCUGCAGACACGACACAAUAACAACUCAAAACGGUGCGUUCAUGGUGUAGUCGGCUAUCACGUAUGCUUCACACGCAUAAGGUCUCCAGUUCGAUCCUGGAUGAACGCAUUUUUGUGUAUCAUAUUUUUACUUUGGAAUGGAUUAUUUAUGCUAUUCCAUUUUUAUUGCGUGGAUAAUAGUCCGUAAUAUCUGUCCUUGGUCAAUAUUGCACGCUAGUGUGAAUCAAGGUGGGUACUAU